CGGGGCAGGGCUGCAAGGCUACAGACUUCGCCCUCUCGCCCUUCCAGUCUGCUGCGUCACCUCUUCCUCGGAGGUCGCACCGGGACCCCCUCGUGUAGCCCUCUCCAGGUUCCCCCCCGAGCGCCUCGGGAGCGGCCGGGGCGCAGGCGCGGGAAGAGCACCAUGGCCGCCCAGCAGAAGCUGAUGAGGGCUAUUAGGGUCUUUGAGUUUGGUGGGCCACAGGUGCUGAAGCUGCGCUGUGAUGUCCCUGUGCCAGAGCCAGAGGAAAAUCAGGUCCUGAUCAAAGUCCACGCGUGCGGGGUGAACCCAGUGGAGACCUAUAUUCGCUCCGGGACCUAUAACCGGAUUCCAACUCUGCCGUACACGCCCGGCACAGACGUGGCAGGGGUCGUGGAGAGAGUGGGAAAGCACGUGGUGCACUUGAAGGAAGGAGACAGAGUUUUCACCACCAAAACAGUCACAGGGGGCUAUGCUGAGUACACCGUUGCCUCUGAGCACACUGUUUUCCUGCUGCCGGAGAAUCUGAACUUUGGUCAAGGUGCAUCCAUUGGGAUCCCCUAUUUCACGGCCUUCCGUGCGCUGAUACACAGUGCCCGGGCCAAGGCUGGAGAGACUGUCCUCAUUCACGGGGCCAGCGGAGGAGUCGGAGUAGCGGCCUGCCAGAUGGCCAGAGCUUAUGGGCUCAAGGUUUUGGGCACAGCUGGUACAGAGCAGGGGAGAGAAAUGGUGCUGAAGAAUGGAGCCCACCAGGUCUUCAAUCACCGAGAGGCUGAUUAUAUCCAGAAGAUCAAGGAAUACGUCGGGGAGAGUGGAGUGAACGUGAUCAUCGAAAUGGUCUCCAACAUCAACCUCCAGAAGGAUUUGCAGCUUCUCUCCUUCAAAGGAAGAGUCAUAAUCGUUGGCUGCAGGGGCCCCAUAGAGAUAAACCCCAGGGACACCAUGAAGAAGGAGAUCAGCAUCAUCGGAGUCUCCUUAUAUUCCUCCCUCAAGGAGGACUACCUGCAGUCUUCGGCUGCGCUGCUGGCUGGCAUGGAGACGGGCUGGCUGAUUCCAGUGAUCGGGCCUCAGUACCCGCUGGAGAAUGCCGAGCAGGCCCACGAAGACAUCAUCAAGAGCCAGGGGGCUUUGGGAAAGAUGAUUCUCGUCAUGAACUGAUGCUGCCCAGUCCAGUGAGGACCGUGGCUGCAGCGAGAGGUUCUUCUGCCCUUCCCGCUGGAGCCCGUGGGCAUCAGGCAGCGGUGUGCCAUCGGGCCUUCUCCGUGCCUGGGCCCACCCAGGCCUCUCUGCCUUAUCACUGUCGACCUUAGUCAAUAAAGUAGAAUAUUAACAAUGGC